GCCUGCGCGCACCCGGAUGCGUAACUACGUUCCCGACAUAUUUCGUUCAUUCUUGGCAUUCUUUCGUGGUUUUCAGGUGUUAAAUAUUGUUUCUCACCUUGCUGUUCACACUUCGUGUAUCGUUACAUUAUUGACAUGUCCUGGGCAGGCGAUGACACAAUGGAAGAUGAUGAUGAGGGGUGUGUAAAGGCGGAAGGUGAUGGCAAGGGGGACAUCAGUGAGGCGGAAGGUAUCUGGUCACCUGAUAUUGAGCAGAGUUUCCAUGAGGCAUUGGCCAUAUACCCUCCCUGUGGGCGACGUAAAAUCAUCCUAUCUGAUGAGGGCAAGAUGUAUGGUCGUAAUGAGUUGAUAGCUCGCUACAUCAAGUUACGUACAGGAAAGACCCGUACCCGAAAGCAAGUGUCCAGUCAUAUCCAGGUUUUGGCAAGAAAGAAAUCUAGAGAGCUUCAGUCAAAAAUAAAAGAUUGUAUGCAGGAUCACAGUGCAAAGGAGAGGGCACUCCAGUCGUUAGCCAGUAUGUCGUCGGCUCAGAUCGUUUCGGCAACAGCGAUACACAACAAGAAUGUCGGCGGUGCUUCUGCAGGGGUGAUGGGACUGUAUGGGUCUGGUGGCAACACCCGCCAGCAGUUCCCCAACUCACAACCAGUACAUAUGUUACAACAAGGCUACUCAGAAAGAAGAGGAGCUGAAAACAUCAAGCCUUUUAUCACUCAGCCUUACUCCCAAGGGGCACCCUCUAUACCUUGGGAGGGUUGCUGCAUCGGUACAGAGAAAAUCCGGCUGGUAGAAUUCUCUGCCUUCAUGGAUCAACAACACGACUCUGACUCAUAUAACAAACAUUUAUUUGUACAUCUUGGUGGGCCUAGUUCAGAUUUCUCGGAACCACCGGAGGCAGUGGAUAUCAGGCAGAUAUAUGACAAGUUUCCAGAGAAAAAAGGAGGCUUGCGGGAUUUGUAUGAAAAAGGACCCCAGUAUGCAUUCUUCCUUGUCAAAUUUUGGGCGGACCUCAACACAAACAUUCAGGAUGAAGCCGGAGCAUUCUAUGGUGUCACGAGCAUAUACGAGAGCAGUGAGAACAUGACAAUCACGUGUUCCACCAAGGUGUGCAGCUUCGGCAAGCAGGUGGUGGAGAAGGUGGAGACGGAGUACGCUCGAUUUGAGAACGGACGCUUCGUUUACCGCAUCCAUCGCUCGCCAAUGUGCGAGUACAUGAUCAACUUUGUGCACAAACUAAAGCAACUUCCAGAAAAGUACAUGAUGAACAGCGUUCUGGAGAACUUUACUGUUCUACAGGUUGUAACAAACAGAGACACACAAGAAACGCUGCUGUGUGUGGCAUUGGUGUUUGAGGUGUCAACGAGUGAACACGGAGCCCAGCAUCAUAUCUACAGAUUAGUCAAGGACUAGAAAGUGCUGCCCGUCUACUGAAAACACCCAACUGCCUCCUGUAUGUUUUUUAGUGGGCUGCACAGUACUGCCAUGAUGGUGAAAGUUUGUAGAUAACUGGCGAGGCUUCAGUUCAUAUCAGGUCUCCAUCGUAGGUCGCUAGGGGAGGGGAUGGUGUUUACCGAUGGUUGGAUGUCAGUAUGGAACAGCUAUCGCAGACUGAAAUUAGCGUUGUAGACUGACUGUCAGUACUCUCUAGUAUGUACAGUGGCUAUCGGUGGCAACUCGUGUGUAGAAUCGCCAUUGGUGGUGGCUAGUGUAGAUUUUUGAGCCAAAGCACUGCUGUGAAAAGGUACAGCUUAGUAAAAAAGAAACCGUCCCUUUGUAUGAACGUCCUAAAUCUCAGUUGUCCCUUGUGUUUUGUGUGUAACCAUAGUAAUGGAUACAGCCGAGUACGCAUCUUGUUGUACAACAAGGUUAUUUUUUCAACAAAGCAUCUCCUCUGACAGCCACCCAGGAAAAUGAUCAAGGUAUGCAUAUUUUUGUAGUGGACGAUAGAGGAAUGAGAUAACAUAGUUUUAUACUAAAUUGUUAAACAUAGAUAUUGACUCUAAAGGUUUGUAUCGUGUACAAAUCCUUUUCUCCUUUUAAUAUUCUAUUGUGAUUCUUGCCAGAAAGAUGAGCUGGUUGUUGUGUUUGGAAAAAGUACUCGACUUAUUUGUAAUAUAAUACAUAUUAAUCUUUAUGGGGCAGUGAAAGUGUUAUGUGUGGAAAAGCAAGAGAGCAGAUGAAGGAUAAAAUUGGAUUCUUCUCUGGUAUAUAUACAUAUUCUUUUAUGCAGUUGAGAUGAUGCAUAUUGCAUAGUAGUCUGAUGUAUAGUUCCGUUGAAAGAAACUAAUUCACUAAUCGUAACGUAAAAUAGUAAAUGUUUGAUUCCAAAUAUAUAUAUAUAUAUAGUACUUGUAUUAUAAUAUAUAAUGGUAACAGAACAGUAGAGUUUAUUAUGGAUGUGUACUGACUCGUACACAAAUUUCUUUGCUUAGAUCAUGACACUACUAUUUAGCGCGAUCGUUAACUCUGAGAUGAGCUACAACACUCAGUCCAAUCAUCAUCACACGCCCACCACAAACUACCAGAGUUCUGUAGUUCUAGUUCUGCUAGUUAGUACUAGCUGGCUCAAAAUUAGGGGACACCACGUUACACUACUAAGUUGUGCCCACACGUGCGUUCGGAAAAUCUCGAACGAAUUCGCUAGGCUUUAUUAGAUGAGGGACAUAGGGAAUCGGUCGAGUUCUGUUGAACGCUGCCCAAGCUCUUAGCUGCAACCAGAGCUCAAACCCACCGUGUAUGUCUGCUUGUUCGUUUUCUGGUCACACAAGCAUGUGUUGACGUUAAUUACUCAUUGACGGUGCUCUAAUGCAAUUUAGUUACUGCACUGCAGUAUUUUCAGUAGUAGUCUGUUGCUGAUUGUGGCAGUAGUGGUUGGCAAUUAAGAAAUACCAGCAUACGGUGUACCGUUUGUCAGUUCUGUUUUUAUGGUUGAGGUGUACGGUCGAAUAGAUGCUAGAUUGAUUUUACAUGCUCAUGUCUUGGUUCUAUAGUGAUUUCAUUAAUAGGAUCAAGAGACUUAUUAAGAGGCCAAUCAUUACAUGUAAGCAGCACAUUGGUAAUUUUUUCACAAGGCCACAGCCAUUGGCUUGGCUGCUGUUCUAGUGGCAGUCAACAUGAUGCAUAUAUAUUGGUUGUGCGUAUUAGAAUUCCUGGUAGCCGUAUUUAUUUCUGAAAGGUUUUCCCCUUUAAACGUUUAUACGUUUCUUUUGCAGGAUGAACUUGCAGGUGUGUUACACAGAGACGGUUUAGAACGUUUACACAUUUAUGUCCUUCGUGUAUUUUCUCUGGUGCAGCGGUUGUGAUUGGAAAUGGCAGCUUUUUAUAUCACGGUCAGUCCUUGACCAGUCUGUCUGUACUGUAUGGGUUCAGACUUUGCUCUUGGAUGCUCAGUCCAGGUUAUAAAAUUCUAAUGCUGUGGUUGUUUUUAUUUAUUCACGGGAAACGGUGUUUAGAUUUUCAUCAGCUUUCAAUGUUCUGUUUAAUAUUAGUGUUGUACUUUUUUUGUUACGUGGUUUAUGUACAUGUGUGUGUGUUGCAAUCAAUUUAGGACGCAGUCCUGUCUGCGUAUAUAUAUAUGUACACGUAUUUACACGUAUGUACUGCGCGCACGUGGAGACGUGCUUUAUAUACGAUGCUGGCAAUCACUGUCUGAUCUACAUAAUUACAGUCAGCUGCUACACCAUUUCGUAAUAAAGUGUUGUACUGUAUUCAAUUACGUGAACUAUA